AUGCCUAGAUUCGGAAGUACAUUACCUAAGAUGGAUGAGAUAGUGGUUCAGGUCAACCCAGUUCAGGUCAAAUGUAUGGAGAUCGUGACCCAAGAGCUUGAAGACUUGCACAUGCUCGCACAAGACUUGAAAGUAUGGUUGGAGAUGGAGAUUCCAGUGAUCGAAGAUGGUAAUUCAUUUGGUGCCGAUGUUCAAGCUCACUUGAUCUCUCAACUUACCGAUGCUUACAAGAAAUCCAACUCGAUGCAAAAUGGUGUACGAGCCCAUCAUGCUGAUAGACUGAAAUUGGCGAUGGAUUGGGCGAAGUUCCCAAACUUCCAAGAUUUUGCUGGUGCUAUUGCUGCGAGCGACCGAUUCGACCAUUUCUUGCUUCGAUCGUACCUUCGUUCCAUCCUUACUUUGUACGGUGGACUACUGACCAAAUUCGAGAGGAACUGGUCUAAGGUGAUCAACCCAAAAGGUAGCCAUGAGACUGGAGGGAUGUACUAG